AUGGCUGCCAUGCCGGCCGUUGGGGAACCGCCACCCACGCUCGCGCAUCGCAUCUCCCAGUGGCAACCUCAACCGGCACUGGACUGUUGGACAGCGGCCGCGAGCGCCACAGCUCCUCUGGCCAAGCGCGUGAGCAUGCGUGAGGUCUGUGGCUGGAAGUGCGGAGUGCCUGCAGUACCAGAUCAUCUGAACAAGAGACCAGGCAAGAACUUCAAUCCAGGUGCCUUCAUGAAUCCAUUCAGAGGCCUGCCCUUUCUUCCUGCUGCCCCUGUGCCAGCACACCAGCCAUUCUGGGAGCCGCCCGUGGCACAGCGGGUGACCACACCCAUCUCCCAGGGUAACCCUCUGGUGCUGUCUGCUUGCCCUGAACAACCGUAUGUGGCUGGGCUCUUUGGCUUUGGACAGCAGGGGCCUGAACGGAGGCCCAUUGAGCCUUCUCCUAUUCAGAACAUUGCCCACACUCAGGGACCCCUCAACUGGGGGUCUCCAGGGUCUUUUGUCAGGGUACGGAGAAUCCUGCUCCAUUCCUCCCGGCAUUGCCUGCCUCAGCCAGUGGGGGCAUCAGGAACUACAGGGGCCCCUGUUACCUGGGACCGUCAGCCUUCAGCACCUCGACCAGUUGCCCUGGUGGCCCCGUUCAUGUUCCCAAUGAAUGCCCAACAACGGCCAGGUAGAGUGUAUGGGGAGGGCGCGCUGCCCACCUUGCAGCCUGCAGUGCCACCAGAUGACUCCAACGAACCUCAGAGCAACUACGAAAACUUCCGGCGCUGGCAGCGCUUCAAGACCCUGGUCCGCAGGCACCUUCCUCAGACUCCCGAUGUGGAAGCACUCUCCUGCUUCCUCGUCCCAGUGCUUUGGUCUCUGUGUCAACGGGAGCCCACCAUAACCAUGGAGGAGGGCCUGCGGAAGGGUCUGCAGGAAUGGCAGCGCACCAGCAACUUUGACAGAAUGAUCUUCUAUGAGACCGCAGAAAAGUUCAUGGAAUUUGAGGCUGCAGAAGAGUUGGAGGAUCCAAGGAUGCAGCUGGCUGGGGUCUUCCAGUCACAACCUCCUCCUGUACCUCAGAGGCUGGAUUAUCCAAGGCCCCCGGUCAAUGCUGUCCAACAGUCAGCAGCCAAAUUGAAGGUGCCACACACCAAGGUGUCGGAGACCAAGGUGUCUGAAACCAAGGCACGUGAAACCAAGGCACGCGUCAUCAAGGUGCCCGAGACCACAGUACCCGAGGAGAUCCCACCUGAAGCUGUACAGGAGUGCGAAGACAUCAUGGAUCAUGUAGUGGGGCCUCCCAACUUUGCCAUGUGUGAGCCCUCCAGCUCAUUCAUAGGAGAGCCUGCUGCAAACUUGGGACAGGAAGAACUGGAGCAACAGCCAUUAGACAAUGAUUUAGACCCAGACCCAAGUCUUCUUAGCUACGUUGAUGAAGACUUCGACGAAAAGGUGGAGACCAUGAUUCAGCCCUCCUUCCUGGAAGAAUUACUUCCCUCCAAACCAGAUAUAAAUAUCUUGGCCCUAAUGAAAGAGCUGGAGCAGGAGGAAGAACUCACCUCUGGCCAGGACUCAAGAGCUUCCGAGGCAGUUGCCAGCCUAAAUGCUGAGAAACGUGACCAUCACGCUGAUGGAGGGGACAGCGUGGAGAACGGGAACCCAGAGAAGGCUUCCCAGGACUCAAAGAAGUGCAGGACCACACAUCCUGAGUUGUUAGGUCCAAAGGACAAUGCUAUUCUCCCAGGUGGUCAUGGGUCUUCUUCACUGAGGGCCGUCUGGUCCAAUCUUCCUCCCCAAAACCUAAGAUCCUCUUCGGCAAACCGGGGAAACAAAGGUGGAGUGGGGCCCAGAAGAGCCGCUACUUCUGGGGGGCCACAUGGGACACCCAAUGGCUGCAGUGUGGACGAUGACCUCCAAAGCCUGGAUUUCCUCCUAUUUUCCCAGCACCAUCUGCUGCCCUGGGGACUGUCACAGAGCCAGGGCCCUCACGUGGAAACCCUCUGCUCAGGAGAGCAAGCAGUCCAGGCCCCACUUCCCCAGAGAGGAGGCCUCAGUCACCACCCACCUCCAGCUGCCAUGGCCAAGAAGCGAGCUCUCGCGGGAUGCUCAUACACAGUGGAAAAGAGAUCCUGCUUGGAGCCUACACUCCAGGAAACUGGAGGACAAUAUCUCGAUCCAGAGGUGGUUGAAGCCUCCCAGCCUCACAAGAGAAAGUGGAAGGCAACAGGCAACCAAGAGAAGAAGAGGAGGACCUGA